CACAGGCGUCUAUAUGGAAGCAGCCCAUUGGCUGGUUGCGCGUAUGACGCGUCAACGCGGAAGUGAAGCACCGCCGGAAGACAAAGAUGGCAGCUCACAGGUGCAGCCGCUCGGCUGUGUUGCUCAUUAUUUGUUGUUUGUCGGUGUUUAUCAUCACAGACAGUCAAGCAACGACAUCAAAUGGCGGCCAACGUGAUAACAACGCGGUCAACAGUCCGCAAACAGCCACCGAAACAGCGGAGCAAGCUGUCGGAGAGGGGCGAUGGGAAGCGACCGAGGCUGAAGCUGCAGCCGACAGACAGGACACCACUGCCGGGGAGAGCUCGCUGCCCGCGUCGGUACCGCGGCCCAGAGACGAUUUUCAGGAGGAGCUGGUGAUCAGACCUCUGCACUCGGGAGAUAUUUAUGCCAGCUUCCAGUUUCGCACCGUGUGGGAGACUGAUUUCAUGAAGGGAAACAAAGUGUCCCACUAUCGACUGUUUCCCAAGUCUCUGGGCCAGGUCAUCUCCAAGUUCUCGGUGCGAGAGCUGCACAUCUCCUUCACGCAGGGCUACUGGAGGACCAUGCGGUGGGGACAGCCCUAUCAACCAUCCCCACCCGGGGCUGAACUCUGGGUCUGGUUCCAGGACUCUGUGACAGACGUUGAUGGCACGUGGAAGGAGCUGACAAAUGUUUUGUCGGGUAUCUUCUGUGCUUCCCUGAACUUCAUUGACUCCACCAACACAGUUCAGCCCAGUGCGUCCUUCAAACCGCUGGGUAUAGGCAACGUGACGGACCACCGAUUCCUUCGCUAUGCCACCCUCCCACGAGAGAUUGUUUGCACUGAGAAUUUGACACCUUGGAAGAAACUCUUGCCCUGUGGAUCCAAGGCUGGUCUCGCUGUCCUGUUGAAGUCAGAGAAACUCUUCCACAGCAGUUUUCACUCCCAGGCAGUGCACAUUAGGCCCGUGUGUCAGGACUGGGAGUGCAAAACCACAUCCUGGGAGCUGAGACAGACGCUGAAUGUGGUGUUUGACCUGCACACCUCUGCACAGGGCAAACGAGAGUGGUCUCUGUUUAAGAUGUUCUCUCGGACACUGACAGAAGCUUGUCCACUGGCCUCCUCCAGUAAAAUCUACAUCGACGUCACAGACAACCCUCAGGGAGACCAGUUUGAGGUGAGCCCUGCCACUCCUUUGCUGAGCCAGGCAGUCGUGCUGGGGGACAGACGAACCUUCUCUGUCUACGAUCUGACCCAACAAAUCACCUUUGGCACUGUGCGCUCCCUCAACCUGCUGAUCCGCUGGAAAUCCAGUGAGGGUGACAUGCUGCGUCCUCUGCUCCACGCUGAGCGUUAUGUGGCUGGUUACGGGCUGCAGACGGGAGAGAUUCACACGCUGAUGUACAACAACCACCCCUACAGGUCUUUUCCCGUGCUGCUGCUAGACUCUGUGCCUUGGUAUCUUCGUCUCUACAUCCACACCCUCACCGUCACCAGCAAGGGAAAGGACAACAAGCCCAGCUACAUUCACUACCAGCCGUCUAAGGACCGCGUGAGGCCCCACCUGCUCGAGAUGUUGAUCCAGCUUCCUCCCAACUCUGUCACCGAGGUCACAGUGCAGUUUGAAAGGGCUCUGCUCAAAUGGACUGAAUACACCCCUGAUCCCAACCAUGGCUUCUAUGUUGGGUCUUCAGUAAUCAGCUCUCUUGUACCAAGCAUUGUCGCCAUGGAUACAAACAGCACUCAGGAACGCCCACUUUUCAGCAGCUUUUUUCCCUGUAAAGAGGAGUCCAGUUACUUUGUGCGCGUCUACACAGAGCCCCUGCUGGUCAACCUGCCCACUCCAGACUUCAGCAUGCCUUAUAAUGUCAUCUGCCUGACCUGCACCGUGGUGGCUGUGGGUUACGGCUCACUCUACAACCUACUGACACGGAGUUUCCAGAUAGAAGAGCCCAGCCCAGGAUUGGCCAAGCGGAUAGCCAACAUCAUCCGCAAGAUGAGGGGCGUGCCGCCUCUCUGAGGCUGGACACACACUACUUUUAGAAAGGAAGUUUUCUUUUUGGUGAAGCCACUGGGUAGGCUGUGAUAUUCAGGGAAGGACUGAGUCAAACACUGGUAUGAAUGUUUUUGAAAACGGUCGGCUUGAAGGUUUUGAUUUCAGGGUGAUUUCCUGCGGGCUAAGGACAAUGUAAGAAAAUGUACACAUUUGUCUACUUGGAUGGAAAGUCUGAGCUUUGUUAUUGUUAAACAAAUGGAUGGAGCCAAAGCUGUGCAGUGAGCUGCAGUCAUUACUUCAUCAGAGUGUUUUUGUUUUGUGAAUGUUUGAAGCCAUAACUCUGAUACAUCGAAAUAUGUCUCUGUGGCAUUUUGUUGCUGUGAGGAAACCUGAUGAAAUUCUGGUACUUCAAAUAUGAGAAUGAUGACCUUUCACAACAUUAUAAAGCCUCAGAGUUCGGUUUGAUCACCUUUGUUCAAAAACUGCAUUCCUGACUUGUAGAUUUCCAUCUCCCUCUCCCAGGAUUUUAAAUAACUUUAAAAUAAUAUUUCCCAUGUCCAGCUGCAGAUUAACACAGCAUCAAAAUCUAUUAAGUUAACUAGUCCAUGAUUAAUUAUUAACGUAUUUUCUAAUUUAUGAGAAAAGAGAAGAAAAACUUGCACCCACAAAAAUACUAAAAAGUCCUGAAAACCAUCAUUUGAAAACGUUUGUAGGAUGGACAUGCGCAUGAGCCUUACUUGUCUGAAACUAUUGUUUUAUAUAAAAGGAAGAUCACUCUCGCCGGAUCUUUAUUUUGCACUGAUUUGGUUGUUGGAUGCAUGCUUGAAUGUUAAAUGUGACUGUCUGCAGGUCUCUUCAUGAUGAAUUGCCUUUAGUUUGUUUGGUUAUUGACUCAUUCACUCAACAGUUCAAUGCAGUUUCAGUGUCUUAUAGCAAAUAGAAGUCUGUCAUUAUGAAAGUGACCCUUACUCUGCCAUGAAUUACUACCAUAAAAGAGCAACACUAUCCUCCUUUACGCUUGUCUGCCUAGAAGUCCAUUCUGUGUCAUUUGCUGUGGAAAAAGUGUGCAGAAUGUGAAGCGAUACUGUGUGUGUGUGUGUGCGUGGGUGUUCUUUAUUGCCUUUUCAAUAAACUGAUAAAGAUA